GUCGACGGUGCUGCCAGCGAGGGGUCAAUUCUUCCACCAGUAAACUCGAAACAGGUCGUCUUCAGGCCACAGAACCAGUCCCAAACGCCACUACUAGACGAACAACACGAACCGGCCGGCCAGACGUCGCCACGUAUCGUUUCAACACACCAAUUAACUCCUGAAACAGCGGCUGAAGCGUACAGCUUCUAAGGACGACCAAUGGCUACGAUUAUGCGCACUCCAGAUGUUCUGCCUCCGGCGAAACCAGACCACGCGUUUACCCGCAAACCGUCGUCCAAGAUCGGGAUAUUCUUUUGGAGGUGGAGGAUGUGGAUCGAGGCGACGUUCGUGUUGUCCAUGUUGGAACCUUGGGAGAAGAUCCUUCUCUGGACUAUCUACCUCGUGACCUGGGCGUUCUUCCUCAGCGCGGUCCAGAAGUAUCUCCCUCACCAUAUAACAGUGAUGCAGCGACGCGCUGUGUAUUAUCUGUGGGGUCAAGAAGGCGAUGUCCGCCUGCUCUGGCAGCUCCUUGGGUUCGGUGGAAACGACGCCGCCGGCCCUGGGCUACUGAAGGAACUGUGAUUGAUACCUUCAAUGACUCUCUUAACGAUCUCGCUUCGACGUUUUGGUUACUUAUUUUGUUGGUUUGAAUUGGUGGUGGAACCCCGCUCACGUUCUAGAACCUAAUGCCCCACGUAUCCACUAAUCUACUAAUUUUGUAUGUCUCUACUACCUAGCAAGACUAUUUUGUUUUGUUGUUGCCCACUUAUAGAUCAUGUUGUGCUUUCUACCCGCAA